AGUAUGCAGUCUUUUGCCUCUUGUUUUUAUUGUAUUUUUACUUUGCAUUCAUCGUUCAUGCAAUUUUAUUUUCCGCUUAUUAUCACAUUUCCAUUGCACACACUCCAUUCCACCUCAUUCUCUAUCCACAACGAAUUCAAGUGAGAGGUAGACGACAUAUCGUCUAUACUGACUGGUGGCUGGAGUUUGCUUUGGAUUGAAGCCAGCCAAAGAAGAAGUCGAUACGCAACGAAUAUUUAUUAUUCUGUAUUCCGUCGAAAACUAAAACUCGUCGUAUAAAGAGGUUUACGGCGAAAGUAUCUGUACAUGAACACGAUAGAUAGAUUCUAACGACGACGACGAACGACGAGCCCACAGAGUGAAUGGUUGCUGGUUUGGUGCUGUUUUUCAGUUGUUGAACCGCAUUCGAGUUGGAAACAAGUGUUUACGGAAUACGUUUAGGUUAUAUACACGGUUUGUCCCGAAUCACAGAUGCAGGGAGUUUGUAGCUUAGCCCGGUUUCGUAUUUCGAGUUUGUUUAUCUUUUUUUUAUUCUUAUUUAUUCGCAUUACGAUUUUAUGUGUUUAGCUCCAAAAUCGAGUUUUAAUUUUUUUCUGAUGUUUUACUUUGUUUUUUUUGGGAAGUUGUUGUCCCAGUGAAUUUCGUCUGAAAUUGGUUUAUCAAUCUAAAAUUUUUACCAUAAAAAUACAAAAAAAAAACGAGAUGAAAAAGAAGUGAAAAGUGGUAACAGUGUCAUCAUUAUACAGCGAGACACAAAAAUCCUUUAAUCCUUUAAAAAAAAAAAUGUUUUUCUUGUAAUUCUAUAUUUUGUUAUUCUACCUGAUUUUUGUCUGUGGUUAUAUUAUCUAUCUAAAAUAAAACAAAAAAGAUUUAAGUUUACCUAACAACUUCAUUGGAUUAUAACCAGUUCAAUAGCUUUGGCUAUACCUAUACCUAUUAACUUCAAAGCCUUUUUGUCUUCUAUUGACUAUUGAAGGAUUAUAGUUUUGAAUUUUUAUUAAGAAAUGCAGUAACAAAUUGAAUAAAAAUUAAUUCAAUGUGAACCAAUUGCAGUUGAAAUUUCGAUGACGACCCAUGGUGGGAUCAAGAAAUCAAUUCAUCAUUGAAUCUAGUUAAAAUCCAACAAAAAAAAAAAGAAGAGUGCAACAAUAUCGCACUUCAUAUACAAAAACCACAGAGAGAGGAUUCUAUAGGACGAGGACGACCAAAAAUCAAACAAAAAACAAAGACAACACAAUAGCAACAAAAAAAUUCAUAUCCCCAUCUCACACCACUACUCUGUCAAAAAAUAAAAAUCAAUUAUGGCUGCGAUUGUAUACGGCGGUAGUCCACGGCAUCAUGGUGGCCGUAUGACAUCCUCUCAUCACCAUCAUUCCUCCUCCACAACUCACCACUAUACUGCAUCCUCAAACGUAACCUCACCCUCAGCCUAUUCGCAUCAUCAUCCGACAGGCAAUAAUCCCAUCAUCAUGCCCCCGGCAUCAUAUCUCUCAGGUGCUGGGCUAGCUCAUGCAGCAACACUGCCUCCGCCACAAUAUAGUGGUGGUGGUUCACCCUUGGGUGGUUCCACACAGCAGACAAUUCAUCAUCACUAUCAGCACACAUCUGUGAUGUAUACGGUAGGGCGUCAUCACAAACGAAAAUCGGCCGUGGAACUCUUGGCCGAAAGCAAACCAUUUUAUGUCAAGUCCGAAACGGUGCUCGAUAGACAUCAGCAAUUGAAUUUCCGCGGUGUGGUCAAUUCUGUGGUAGGGAGUGUUGGUGGAAAUACUGGGGGUACCGGUGGAGGAGCAGGAGUUGGAGGAGGUGUUAUUGUGGGUGGCGUUGGUGCUAGUGGCAAUGUUGGUCCCGUGGCUAUUGUGGGUGGAGCUGGUGACCGAAUAUCGAAUAUAAAUACAUCCGGAUGCAUUAUGUCACCCUCGCGGACACACUCUGCCGCCGGGGCAAUGCAUCAUCAUCAUCAUUCGCAACAGCGACAGGAUGCAUUGCAUCAAUCGCACCAACAACAUCCACCUCAUCAUCGACCAGCGAAUCGACGAAGUGCAUCUUCCAGUUCCGAUUUGCUGCAAACUAAGCUGAGGAAGCUCUUGAAUGCCGAUUCGAAGGAAGGUCCGAUGCCAAUGCCGGGAGAUAGAUAUAAAAGUAGUGAUCCGCAAAAGUAUGAUACUUUUAGUAAGUUUCAGGGUGGAAAAUAUAAUCAAGAGCUAUCGGUACAUGCCUCGAAUGACCAAAGUGAUCUAUCGGUGAUGUUUCCCAGUGCUUUCCUUUCGCCUCAAUCUCUGCCACCACACCCAGCCUCAGAUGAAGAUAUUUACAGCUAUGAAGCUGGAGUUAAUGAACCGCUGGUUCUUACCGAAGACUACCGGGCUAUAAGCCCUCCGGCAGAAUAUGCUGCUGUCGAGAGCUCGCCGGACAAGGAGCAAAACUCAAGAUACCAAAGAUCCUAUUCACAUUCACACGAUACGACUUCAGACGAACAUGACUACUCGUCACCAUCGUACAAUAUCAACAGCCACAAAUCCCUACCUGACCUGCACUCUCAAAUUAGUCGACAUUCACCUCACAGUGAGGUUUUGAGCUGUUGUAGUCGCGGAAACCGUUCAAAUAAAUCUGGCGGAAGUUCCUUGAAUCGUGACUCUGGAGGCUCAUCCGGACACUAUACUCACCGAAGUGAGCCCUGCUGUAAACAACGUGGAGAACGAGAAGCCAACAAAAUGUCUGUGUGUGUGAAUCAAGCCGACUAUCGUCGCGAUAGUGGUUCAUCAACCCAGCACAGUGGAAACUCCUACUACACCUACGGUAUGGGCUCAUCACGGUACACCGACUGUCCGGAGUGUCGUCUCAAGUAUCAAAAAGAAUCAGAGUGCUUGUUGAAUUUCACAACUCCCGAGGUUCCGGAAGCCUUUCAGGAUGACUACACCCCCGAGCAACAAACCCGACCCAUAACGCGUUACUACGAAGAUUCGCGUUACACAUCGCAACGAAAAAUCUAUCCACCUCCACCAACACACCACCUACCGCAAACCCCUCAUAAACAGACUCACAGUCCGACCAUUCGAACGCCAACGGAUGACGGAUGCCUCAAGGAGCCCGAAGUGAGUCCUCCUCCGACCGGUUUCAAACGACAAAAGUGUCUUCGUUUCAAGCACCGCAAUCGUUACUCCACUUCCAAUGAUCGCACGUCACAACGCAGUGGAGGCAGUGGCGGUUGUACGACCGCUGUAUACGGCCCACCCGAUCGUGAAUCAGACGAAGAUCGAAAACCCAUUCUAAGAUCGAAAAGUGACAUUAGUGAUCGUUACUAUAAUCGAGGAUCACCCAUGACGGAACAACCAAUGAGUGGUGGGAAAAAUUCAAAUGGAAUGGAAAAAAUCCGUAGAGCAGAGAGUAUGUCGCAAUUGGAAAAAUUCUUCGAUCGACUUGGUUUGAAUGAAGAGAAAUUCGAAGAGAUCUAUAGUCCACCGAAAAGACGCUAUAGCACGGAUAAUGAUUCGGAUCAAUCGGGUUCGGUGUUCUUUUCUGACGUGAGUACAGUUGAUUCGACACGCCUGCCUGACAGUACUGAAACUCAACCGCAAACAACUCAGCCAUAUCGACCGACUGAACCGCCAUCUAUUGUCGAACGGAAUGCUCGAAUUAUUAAAUGGCUGUGUAAUUGUCGAAAAUUACAGCUGACAUAAUUUUGUUUGGGUGCCGCUGUGAGAUCAUGGCGGCCUUAGUAAAGAGAAAUUAUGAGAAUGAGAAUUGUUUUUGGUUCUGGAUUGCGAUAAAAAUUAAGAAAACAAACAGGCCAAAAAACAACGCACUCCUGAGGUGAGAUGAUAAUACUUUUUUAGUUUGUAUCCGUAGAACACAAAACGCUGACGUAACGUGACGUGACGAUUAUGACACGUAUACAACAAAUAAAGUAGUAGAAUGUUUUUUAUAUGUAAUGUGUAGAUGGUGUUCAAUAUUCAAUAAAAAUUAUUGUAAAUUGA